GAGUCACACAGCCGUGAGGCCGACUCGUCCUCGUCCUUUAUACCGGCGCGGGCGGGCGGAAGGAACCGAGUGGCCCAGGCGUCGCGAGGCGAGCUCAAUCCGACGGCGGCAGCGACGACUCCAACGACCCGGCGCGGAGGCUGCACUGCUCCAGCCAGACACCAUGUCACUCAUGUCUCCAUUCCCGGGGAUGGAUCUAAGUAAAAUGGACGCCCCAACUCUGACCCUCCUUGGGGCAGCUGGUUGUGUAAUGCUGUCUAUGCAUUUUACUGUGCAAUUGGUGUCACAACAUCUUUUCUACUGGAAAAACCCCAAGGAGCAGAAAGCUAUACUUAUUAUUGUUCUAAUGGCUCCAUUGUAUGCCGUCUCUUCCUUUGUGGGUCUUCUUGAUAUCCAAGGAAGCAAGACAUUUUUCACAUUCUUGGAUGCUGUUAAAGAAUGCUAUGAGGCACUGGUCAUUGCUAAGUUUAUGGCACUGAUGUACAGCUACUUGAAUAUAUCCAUCAGCAAAAACAUAGUCCCUGAUGAGAUUAAAGGGAGGGUUCUUCAUCAUUCCUUCCCUGUUUCUCUUUUCCUGCCCCGCACUGUUCGAUUGGAGCACAAGACACUGAAGCUUCUGAAGUACUGGACGUGGCAAUUUGUUGUUAUUAGGCCAGUAUGCUCCAUUCUGAUUAUUGCACUCCAGCUUCUUGGGAUGUACCCAAGCUGGGUCAGCUGGACGUUUACAAUUAUACUGAACUUUUCAGUCUCCAUGGCACUUUAUGCCCUGGUUCUUUUUUACCACUUGUUUGCUAAAGAGCUGGCACCGCACAAGCCCCUUGCAAAGUUCUUGUGCAUCAAAGGGAUUGUCUUCUUCUCUUUCUGGCAGGGUCUUGCGCUCGAUGUUUUGACUAAAGUAGGCGUGAUCCAAUCCCACCAUUUCUGGCUGGACGUGGAGCACAUCCAGGAGGCGAUCCAGAACGUCCUGGUGAUCCUCGAGAUGGUCGUGUUCUCCGUCAUCCAGCAAUACGCGUACCACGUCGCCCCCUACAGCGGCGCCGACAGGGCGAAGUUCGAGAAGAAGAACGAAUGAGCCAGGGUCCCAAAAGAGUAAAAAUACCGCGCUGCUCUGUUAUUCUAGUAUUCUGUUGGACCGGAGGACCUGUAUUUCCUUGCGGACAGACGGACAGACGAUCUGAUGAGCAUAUUUGAUAGCUAGUAGAAGUCAGGAUGAUCAGGCACAGACACGAACGUGACCGCUGCUGUAAAAUCGCACUACGGUUGUACUGCUUGUACUGAAUAAUUGCUGGUUCUGUCUCGUUGAACGCUGUCUCUGAGGCCAUGUGGCAAGGACUACUCAUCUUUGUACGUAGGCUCCACUAUUGGGGAAUCCUUUAUCAAUAAAGCUACAGUCCUACAGA